AUGGCAACCUCCUCGCCCACCACUCCUCGGCCGGAUCGCAAACGUCUACGCCCUUCCUCCCCACUCUCGAGCUGGACGCUCCGAGAUGCCCUCCGCACAAGCUCUUCUAGCUAUGCUUCGGUGUCUUCACCAGCGAGGAUGAAGGCCGAGACGAUCCAAGAACAGGGACGGGUGCCUCUUGAGACGUACGAAAACCCUCCAACCGUGACCCAGCCUGCACCUCCGCAGACGUACUAUAGUUCCUCGCAAUUAGAUCUCCCUCGGCCAACCGCAUCAGUAAGCCUUCACGCCAAAGCGCACAUCAGAAAACUCGACGACGAAGCCGGCACAACCUACCUUGUCCCAGCCCUCGAAAGUGCCAUACACAAGCUCCCCAACGGCACGAAGGUCUACCACCCCUUCCACGCUAGCCCACAAGCCACCCUCUUUCACCUCAGAUCCCCUGCCCUGACCUCUCAAGCCCUCGACAUCAUGCUUCCAGACAUUCUGUACCAGCAAUUUUCCUGCAAACAGAAAUGUCGCAACCGCGGAACAUGCACGCACUACCUCUUCAUCCUCGGCGCUCGGCGCACCCCUGACGGCUUGAUCUGCCGAAAGUGCGCCCUGCACGAGGCCUGCCAACCCGAAUCCGCCAUCAGCUCCCAGUGCAAGAUGCCAGGCUCUCGCGUCUGUCCGGUACACAACAAGGACAAUGGCGAGAUCGUUCUCCAACCCACGAAUGGAGCCACAGCCGGCACAGCGGCCCAGACAAGGUCCAAAGGCAUGGCCGAACGCCGCAAAGCCGGCGACCCAUCGAACAUACCCAACCCCAACACUCACAUCCGGCACAUCAACCUGCCUGUGGACUAUCUUGCUACACCGUCUCAACGGGUCGCUGCGGCCGAGGUGCUCGAGCGGGCUUGGACUGGCAACUGGGCGGACCUCGAUACGCCACUGCCAGUCGAAGAAUACCAGUACGCAAGUGCCCAUGAUUUCGAAGGAUUAGAGGAGGUUGGAAGUGGUGCUAGUGCAAUGGAGGACAACACGAAGCAGGUUACGUGGGCGCCGCCAAUGACGGAGAAGAGCUACUUCGCGUCGAGUCGCCGUCCGUUUGAGCAGCAGCCGCAGGGGUGGCAGCGAGAGGGUGUGAGGGAGAUUCCGAGGAGUGUGCCACAAACGAUGACCGAAGUAGAGGGGAGGAUGGAUUUGGGUGGGUAUGCAUACGUGAGUGACUUGGAGGGAGCGCAGCGCAGUGGAGAUGAUGGCGGAGGAUGA